AUGAUCGUCACCACCGCCAUCUCGUGGCGGAACACCGGCGCCGGCGCAUCACCGGUGGCCCUGGCGCUGGAAUUCGCCGGGCUCCACUGCCCGGGGGGCGCCGCGGCCAAAGUGGCUUCCUCGGGGGCCCGUGUGCCCCUGGGCUGGCCCGCCCGGCUCCUCUGCCGAGGGGUGAAACUCAAGCAGCGGCUCGUUUCGGGGCUCCUACUCGCCGCAUCGGCCAUCCUCUUCCUAACCCUCGUGCGCAUCACCGGAGUCCGCCAGGCGCCGUUCGCGUCGCCGGCGCAGGGUUGGGUGCCCAGCCACCGCAAGGGAGUCGCCGGACCGUCGGCGCAGCAGGCUGGACCCGAUCCGUCGGGAGUCCUCGGCAAGAGACUUCUGACCAAGGCCUCCGUCGAAGGAGGUUCCAAGAGAACGGCCAGCGAAGCCGCGGGAGCCGGAGGCCAAGCGGAUCCCGGCCCGGGUUCGCUGGCGUCUUCGCUAGCUCCUCCACCAGUGCUCAAUCGCAGCAAGCCCUUGGCUGCGGCAGCCAAGGGUUCGAAUAAGAAUGAUGCCGCGGCAAGCAGCGCACUUGCCGGAAGCAAAAAACGGCCCGGCAACGCAGCAGCUGCUGGCAGUGCGGAGAAGGAGGUGGUCGACGGCGAACCGCAACAGAGGCCGCAUGACCCUUUCGAGGACCUGGUUCACAUCGCCUGGCCCCCGACCGAAACGCGCCGAGCGGUCGUCAGGCCGCGGCGCUACAACCCCACGCUCGGGCACAUCCUUCAGAUCGAGACCAGCCACAACAUGACCAGCUGGGAGCAGUUCCAGACGGGCAUCGCGCGUGAGUGGCUCUACCCUGAGAACUCGCAACUGAUCGAGCGCAUCCUCCACGAGAUGGCGACACUGCCCAUCGUCCAUGUCGGCCUCAAAGAUGGCGGCACGCAGCUGAAGCUCAUCAUCGACUACGAAAAUGGCGGACAGGCUCUCUUCAAGCCCAUGAGGUUCUCUCGUGAAACAGAGACCAACCCGAACCACUUCUACUUUGUCGACUUCGAGCGACACAACAGUGAGAUUGCCGCCUUCCACCUCGACAGGCUCCUGGGGUUCCGGCGGGCGCCACCCGUGGUUGGCCGAGCGCUGAACAUGACGACCGAGAUCUACGCCAUCACGGACGAGGACAUCCUCAAGACGUUCUUCGUCUCUCCGGCCAACAACCUGUGCUUCCACGGCAAGUGCAGCUACUACUGCGACACGUCUCACGCAAUCUGCGGGAACCCGGACAUGCUGGAGGGCAGCUUCGCGGUCUUCCUCCCUUCCAAGGACAUCGCGCCUCGCAAAUCGUGGAGGCAUCCGUGGCGCAGGUCGUACCACAAGCGGCGGAAAGCUAAGUGGGAGCUAGACGACGACUACUGCGUCCAGGUGCGCAGCACGCCCCCUUACGACCGCGGGCGGCGACUGCCCGACCUCAUGGACAUGGCCGUCUUCGACUUCCUCAUAGGCAACAUGGACCGGCACCACUACGAGACGUUCCUCUCGUUCGGCAACAACUCUUCGCCGCUACACCUCGACCAUGGGCGAGGCUUCGGCAAGCCCAACCACGACGAGCUGAGCAUCCUGGCGCCGCUGUACCAGUGCUGCCUGCUGCGGCGGUCGACGCUGCGGCGGCUGCUGUCGUUCCACAACGGGCCGGAACCGCUGAGCGCGGCCAUGCGUCGCUCGCUGCGCCGCGACCCCGUGGACCCGGUGCUGACGGAGCCCCACCUGAGCGCCCUGGACCGGCGGGUCCAGCUGGUGCUCGAGGUGCUGCGAGAGUGCGUGUCCGAGCGAUCGGCCGCCGAGGUGAUCAUCGUGGACGACGCCUGAAAAGCGCGCGUUCCACUCGCUUCCGCCGCCGGUCCUGAAACGUCCAGUACAUAUCAGGUCGCUCUCCGUGGCCAGGAUCAUCCAAUGGACACCAGCGCAGGCUUAGACCGACCAGGACUCGUCCGAUGCGAUUUCGUCAACCCGCCGCGCCGUCCUCUUCGGAGAUGCCUGACCAACUGUGCUCUCGCUGGUCGAAAGUGUUACACGCAGCGCGCCGUGAAGUGGACGCUUGGACGUGCAUACUGGACAUGUUUCUUGCUUUCUUUGUUAUUUCGACGUCCCCGCAUUUGUGAAAUGAUCGAAGUGAUUGACAGUACAAGUGAGUUCGCCGCUGGCUUGAACGCUUGCGACGCUCAUAGGCUUCGGUUCGCUGCGGCAACCACGUCGUCGACGGGGCAAGCAGACCUUUCCGGGUGGCCCCUGCUGCACGGAAACGUACCGUGUUAGCGACGCAUUGCCUGUGCUCCCUCUCGGUAAUUGCGCGCAGUGUCGUAGAAGCGCAGCUGCUUGAAGUCAUCGCAAGUCAUUGAAGUUAAGCCACUGGGUCCAUCAGCUGUCGCGCGUGCCGGAUAUGCGUUAUUAAUCUUCGUUCUUUCGGGUACUCUGGACGUUUGGCAGCUCUGCAGCUUUCUGUGUUCGAAGGAACGCGCGUCUCACACUAUAGACUGAAGGCGUAUUCGCUGGCUCGUCUGGUGUUUGGGGCUACUGUGAACGCUCGCUAUAACGAAAGUUGUCUAAACUUCAGGCUGCAGUGAACACUCGUUGUAACGAAGUCACCCGUCGCUUAAGCAUUACUCGACAUAACGUCGCGCCGUCCUAAGAUAUACUAUCACUGGUUAGAAUGAAGCACCAUUAGCCGAAAUGUGGUUGUACUCGGUAUUACGUUUAUAGUGAUCAUAUACGUAUAGCGACAUCCCCGCUUUUCUUUUUUUACCGCGAUAGCGUUUAGGGCCCCGUGUCGCAGAAAAUCCGGCGUCGGCAUUGCCGCGCGCGGCCGAGGAAAUCAUCCCCAACCACGCAGGCGCUCGAAAUAUAUUUUACCACUAAAGUUGCUCACACUUUGCAAGCUGCAUUCUUUACAAAGUUAUUCCUCGGAAUUUUUUAGAGUGACAGCCUACAAACAAAUGCCACGAAACAAAACACCGACAGCGCAUGCCAUUUUAUCCUAAAUCUUCUCAGGCUGAAAUAUUAAAGGUGCAAACAAUAAAAGAAGGCCGGCCCACGAAAGAGGCCGCGUUUCUACCAGAAAGCGCGCCUGCGUGCAUAGCGUUCACCGUCCAGCGUUUCCCGGUAAACAUUACGGUUACAUAUGCUGCAGUUGCCGGGAAGCGUGAGAAACAGUCGAGGAUCUUUGGAUGCUAUCGCGUUCCACUCUUGAAGGCGAAGCUUAAGCGUCCUCCAAAUUUUAUCAAGACAUUCAUCAUAUGCAGUCUUCUUCCCACCUGCUGACUGCGUUCUAACGUUCUAACGCUGUAAAGCGAGGAUUAAAAUUAUCACUCUUUGUUCGCAACGCCACGAAAAAUAUCUAGUGGUUCCAUAAUAAUUUCUACUGCAUUUAAAUUUAUUCUGGUCUUUGCUUACAUGCCGUUUCCGAGGAAACUCUCUGCCGUCCUCUUCCUUGUAGCAUGUGCGGCGUAUGUGUCAUCAGCUGCGCAGUAAAAUUUCGUUAUAACGAGGUCGAUUCGUUCAAACUGCCGUUAAACUCAACGUCCUGCCGCCAGUCCCGCAAUGGUAUCAUUACAUUUGUGGCACCUCCGCUUUUGCCGAAGUUCUGCUGGUACCAAAAUUCUCGCCGUCUUGUUAUUUAUAUUCGUCGUAUAUAUAAUGUGCGUCUGUCUCCUUUGCACUAAACAUCUGCUGUAAACUAAUUGUGUUAUUUCGCUUUUCCAGAGCUGUGCGGCAUGCACUAUUCAGAAUGCCUUCGUUUUUAUUGGUUUAUCGCUUAGAACGCAACCUUUGUCCGUCCCGCACAGACUUCGUUAUAGCGGGGCCAUCCCGCUGUCUUCGUUAUAGCGAGGCUGCAUUGCUACCUUGUUUCGGGCACAGAGGAAACGCGUUUGGUGGCGAUUGCCAGGCGAUUCCUGAUCGAAGUUUCAGCCCCAAGUGGCACCUACUGACAUUGGCGCGGUUACCAGACGAAUCCGAAAACGGAAGCGCUUGUAUUUGCGCCCCCCCCCCCCCCCCCCUUGUGAAGUUGCGUUCAGUCAAAGUUUGUAGCAGAAGUUAUUAUCCGAACGUACGUCUAUGUUAUGCUUCAUCUGCUACUGUGGGCGUCUUGCGAGUGGCGCGAACUUCUGGCGUAGGAUUUAACCAUCCCCCGACAAGAAAAGUUGCGCAAUGCCAAAGAACGUUUAUAAAAUUCUCUUUAAAUAAACAGCGUCGCGACGUGCCGCCAGGAGUGCUGCUGUUCCCGGUUCCUUCUCCAUACGUUAGUGCUAACACGUGCGCACCUGAAUAAGACGGUUGCCGAGAGGGAGCAUAUGUUUCUUAGCUACAGCGUGACGUACGCUUCGGACCUGUGCAUUUAACGGCGGUGUUUGCCCGUUUCUCGUCGCUGGUGACGUGCGAUGACGUCAUUUCCGCCUUUCGCCAAAACCGUGUGUCGUCUCGAGCUGAUGUGCGUGUCAGUGUUCGACGUGUGUGUUUCUCCUGCCACCUCGGCAUUGGGGUGCGUUACUACCUUGUUUCGCGCACAAAGGAAAAGCGUUUGGUGGCAAAUUCCAGGCGUUUCCUGAGCGUGUCGAGAAAUAAGAUUUAGCCCGACGUGACACCUACUAAGCACACGUAAGAUGAUAGAAUCAUGCUUACGUGGGUUGCGGCCACAGUCGGUCGUUUGUGGCCGCUCGCCGGACUUCGAUUGAGCAGAGUGUCUACCGGUGCAGAGAAGUGUUACGUUCUCGGUCACAGUUAAGUAGAACGUAUAUUGCACUUUUCUUGUCUAGGUUUACCGGAACGGAGAGAUAACGACUGGCUACGAGGGCACAAUUUUCGUUUUUGUAUCAGUCGCGAAGUUUAUUGAAGGCACAAAAACAUCGAGCGUUCGCCGUACUUGCGCGCGUUGUCGCUGCCGUACUGCCGUCAAACUGUGACGUAAGUGCCAGCCACUGUGGCAGUGGCGCCAUCUUGUGAAGGCACGUUGAACCAAGCUUAUGCACAACAGAACUGUUUCGUCGCGUUUUUUUUUUUUUUUUUUUUUUUUUUGGCUACGCGCAUUUUCAAAAGGUGUCGCCACUAUUGCACCAAGGCUCUUGGCCAGUCUGACAGGACGACGAUGAUGAUGAUGUGCGCAUGUAAUGUAGCUUCAUGCCGGCGCCGCAACAGCGUCACGUGAUGCGUCCAGUGCGCUUCACAUAUCAAUAAUGCGAGCUCACGGUAGCGCUUGCCUAACAAAAGGUUACACUUUUGCUCAAUUUCAGGUAUAUCUUUUUCUUGUUUACAAUACGUUCCUUUUAUGAUGUCAGUCACGUUUUGUAUUUGGAUAAAGAGUUCCAAUUGAACUCUUGGCAGCUUCGGAGUACACACCGCUACGUGUGACAGCCUCCUCGGUUAUUCGAGUUAAUUGUAGUUUGUACGUCGAAGAUACGAAGCGCCUUUUCGCGAAGCUAACGAUAGCAUUGCAUUUACACAGAUUACAUCGUGUUAUUUCUCCAUAUCUCGCCGCACAAGGUACUGUCAGUCGGUACGGCGUAUUUUAUCUUUUGCUUCAGGAUGUCUGAUUACACUUAUCGCACUGCUGAUGAGGCAUGGCUCCCUCAAAGCUUUUUUUUUUCUUUCUUUUUUGUACCUGUGUGAUAUAAAGCUCUCUAGUCUAACUGCAACGUUUUUCACUUGUCAGCGCCACUAACGCAUGUGCCUGCUGGAUUAUUGGUAACCGACUGAGGCCGUCCGGUAUUGUUGGCAUAAUUAUUGGCAAACCACAUGUUGCUUGUGACGUCAGUGGCACAUGAUAUUAUUUUUAAUAGUUACGCGCGUCAUACAAUUUCAUUGAAAUUCGCCUCGAAGAUUACGUGUUUUGCAGGAGUUGCGAGGUGCGUGGCGAUUGCUGGUGGAGCUGAAAACCGCUCGCCGGGUAUACAUUUCACAAAACCGCAAAACCCGCGAGCUCUGAUUGUGACGUCAUCUGUAGGUAGGCCGACGCUUAAAGACCAUGCCUUGGAAUGAACAUCGCGCUGAGUGUUGCACGCUUCCCCCAUUGAACUGUAUCGGCCGUCUGUCGACCUACACGUUUGAAUUCACUUCACACUUUUUAAUUCACACUUGUGAAAGUGCGUAGGCCUUGAACUAUCUAGAUGGCAUUGAUAUACAGCACGCUUGGCAGUUCGUGGAACUACCGACGACGGCGUUAUCUUUAGAAGCUUAAUCGUUUCGGGCACUUUCGUAUGCUCGGCAAGUCCAAUCAAUCCUUUCGAAGGAAAAAAAAAUGUCCCAACGUGGAAGCCAAACUGUGAAUUCAGUUGAGAGGAAGUGUGUUUACUGUACGAGCGUGAGUGUUUGGUGCGUGCGUGCCUUUGCUGUGAGAUUGCGUGAAGACCUCUGUGUGCGCGUAGUGUGGCAGUCGCAUGGCAUCGGCCACAACCCUUGUUCUUGCAUUUAUCGCGUCCUCCACCAGGUGCGCUCGCAUUCGCAUGUUCCUCUAUACGUCGACGUGUGUGGGCUGACGUUUUGUUUUUAUAGAGCUUCACUGAUAAACGAAUGGUCAGUGUUUAUAAGGUAAGGCGUGUGUGUUUCUGAGUGUAUCGACGUCUCCUCUUUUUUGUCUCAGCAUCGCAGAGUCUCUCAGAACUCGUGUGUUCAAAGAGUGUCACGUUGAAACGCACUGCAAUGGUUGUGUACAGGCACAGUUCGAACUGUAUUUUGUGGGUUUUUCGGCGUGCGGUGUAUAGUACGUGUCCCAUGGAUGAGCGACAGCGUCGGUGUAGAAGGAACACUUGUGCCGUCUCAGCUCCGUUAUAUAUGUUGUGCGUGUGUGUGCGUACUCGAACCCCGUUCAAAGCCCCGAAAAUACGCGCCUUAUACGUGUACAGCCGAUGUUGGUUCUUCGAAGGCCUUCCUCUCGCUUCUCUCAAAGCCUCCCGGUGACAAUCGAAUAUAUCGUCUUUCUUGCUUCGUGAAGCCUCGUAUGCUAUAAUUACAGUGUCCGGGACCUUAACUUUGUAGCGGAACGUCAUAGCACACAAGGAAUGCUGUCCUGGUACUGCACGUGGUACACGGGCUAAGCGUUAUACUCUACAGCAUGCGCAGACAACUCGAAAAGCGUGGAUCUGCGCAAGCUUAGAACAAUUGUGUGGCUCCAAAUGGUUGCUUAGCGUCUGAUAUUUUUUUUUCAUACAAUGCUGGAGAUUAUACUGCCCUCCCUCUACUACAACCGAUGUCGUCUAGCUUUCGAGAGAUGAACUUGACCGGUCAGACGCAAAGGUGCUAUCCCUAGCAACCCUUAAGGCAGGGCCAAUGUGGGCCCAGUGUAGAACCAACGCGAGCCACCGUCGUCCCGUGUAGGGCCUACAUUGGCAUUACCUUGCCUUCUGUCACAGUGUUAGGCCUACGUUGGCUUCGCCUAUACUGUGAGAUACUCGCCUAUUCACUAUACUGAGAUUGCGAGGACGUCAGAAGUGGUUGUGCAUUGGUGCGCGAACCCGUGUACGGCGUGCCACGUACUCGGAGAGUAUUCCCAAUGGGCUAUGACUCUCCGGUGCCUCCGCCAUUGCGUCCUGUUGGUGGCUGGAAAAAAAAUGUGACGGUGGUAUACAUAUCUCGCGCGCGUAUUGGUUGCCGGCCCCAGGCGUUGUUCGACCUGUGGGGUGGUAGCCGUUGGAAGCCAGUGUUGUAUAGUAUACGCGUCUGUCGCUAGGGGCUACCAUACAUGUACCCUUUAUUUUUUUAUUUUUUGGUUGGUGCACUUAGCCAACUUAGUUCAUCUGUGGCUGAGACAGGGACACUAAGGAGAAACACUAAAGACUUGAGAGUAUAGACGUGGCGUAUGGCUUCUAAAGACUGUUCGGCAUCGCUCUGGCUAAUGAUGUUGGUCAUUUGCCGCUAAUCUGAAAGACUAAACUUCCCUGUCUGAAUGUCGUGCCGAAAAACCCGCGCCGGCGAUGUCUCUGUGACGUCAUAGGUUUCCCAAUAUUGUCCUCGCAAUUCGAUUCUUCCUGUUCUUUUAGGGGGAAGGGGGGGGGGGGGUUAAAGUGUUCUCCCAAAAGCAUUGCCAGGUUGAGCAUUCGCCUACUUUCGAGUGAAAUGUAGUCUUUCUUUAUUAGAACAAUCACACGAACGCCACCAGACGCUGCGAAAUCCGAUGACGUCAGAGAGAGUUGGUGCGCAAACUUUACGAUGGCGUCGCCAUCGGCGUUUUUGCUUAUUCGUCCUUUCCUGCCAACGGCGUCACAGAUAAUGGCGAGAGUGAUCUAUCUUGUAUUGCAGAAGUGUUAUCUAUAUCAAUCUUGAUAUUCAAUUAGUGUUUUUCUUUUGUGUCCCUUUGAAUGUAUGCAGAAGCUGUGAUACGGUGGUGCAUAUCGCCGGUAUACCGGCUCACUAGAUCUAACUCCAACUACCUAUGAGUUUCAAAUAUAGAGUUCGCCCUACACGUAAGAUGCUUAGACAGAAAAAAAACUAAUUUACCUUGAAAGUCCUUUACAAAAGCGCGCGUAUGCAGGACACCAAACGCUCACAGCACUUUGUGGCCACUGGACUGGGAUAAAAGUGAGGGUGCUGUAAUAUAGUUUAGUCUACCCGUAUAGGCGUAUUACAAUUUACGUAAUACAGCAAAACGUAGACGGGAGCAGCAGUGCUGGUGGCUCCAUCUUGUGACUUAGAGUUCAAUUAAAGCUCACGUGCGGGAUUAUAUAUUGCAACUAAGGAUUACUAUUGGCACAUGCACCAGCAUAAUCAUUCGCAUAUCGUGACUUUUUUUUGCGAGAAGUCUUGCAACGGAAAAGCUUUCGUAACGAAUUGUAGUUCUCGCGGGAUCGAAUCCCGGCCACGGCGGCCGCAUUUCGAUGGGGGCGAAAUGCGAAAACACCCGUGUACUUAGAUUUAGGUGCACGUUAAAGAACCCCGGGUGUUCUAAAUUUCCGGAGUCCCCCACUACGGCGUGCCUCAUAAUCAAAUCGUGGUUUUGGCACGUAAAUCGCCAUAAUGAAAAAAUGAUGAAACGAAUUGUAGUUCAACAAACCACCAAAAGGCGUCGCAACCAGCGCUUCUUCUGCCAUCCCCGUCUUCCGUGUUCCGCCAUUCCGUAAACUCCGAUAAGUGCAUGGACAGGAUAUAAAGUCUCAAUAUCGGAGUGUACUAUAACGGCGUCGUUACACCCGAAUCUAAGAAUACUUUGUGACUGCUUAAAGUCAUCCUGUUGAAAAAUGUGAGAGAAACUUCAGCUUGAACGAUUUCUUUUCCCCUCUUAUUUACCCGGUUACCUCGACUGGGCUUUAUUUCGACGAGGAACAAGAUGAAAUAUACUACAGGGGUUUUACUAUGCUUUCGCCACAUUUUGUGUUCUUCGCUCUCUUUUACUAACAUCAUUCGCACAAGACACUACUAUAGGAAUACUUUCUUUCCUGGCAACAUCAGUAUAUUUUCACUUGACAGACUCACCACCAAUCAACAACAACCACUGUAAUGUCAGGAAACGUUUUCUACGGCCACUGCUGACAUGAAUUGAAUGCUGUUCGAUGCGAGUUGUUAAUAAGCUAGAAAAAAUGUGUGGUAUUGGGGGUAUAGAGGUGCCCCACAAGUGUUUUCACCGCUGAAGUUCGUCACUUAUUCGUACAUAUUUUAUAGUAUAACAAAUAAAACGGGCAUAGCGCUGUAAGCUUCGUUCGCACGCCAUUGAAUUGAUCGCCGGAAUUCGAUCAGGCCCGCAAAUGGAACGCCGUCAGGCGAGACGACGUUUCUCCUACAUGGAAUGCGUUGAAAGAGCCACUUAUGUCAUAUCAUGUUAAAUAUACGUGUUUUGUGACAUCUGCGUCGCUCCUACUGUUAUACUGCGUGCUUAACUGGCAUGUCACGACAUGUGUACCAGUUUCAGUUGGCACAUGACGAUGGUGCGCAAACCAUGUCAACUGAUGUGCAGCUAGCUGUUCGAUUGCGCUUCUCUUCCGUUUCUUUUUUUUUUCUCGACUGCUUACUGCUUUUUGUCAUGUUCUUGGCGUAACGACACUCUCCCGCGACCGGCCGAUGACAAUGCUGGCACUAUCAGUCAUACGUGGUGUAGACGUAGAUAUUUUCUGUUGCUCUAGCUCCUCCGAGCAUCUCUCUUUCAAAAUAAUGUGGCACUGAAAAUGGAAGCGUUGAUCGAAGCUUUUUCUGACGCUCGGUGCUGCCUUUCAGGUCGGGCAGAUGACGCGUUGGCGCCAAGGGACAUGUUUACCCGGGGCGCGUGCGUUUGCGGCAUCGUGCUCCUGAUUGGCCGACGCUAGCUGUGCCACUCCCGCUCCAGUGUCACGUUCUUGUGACGCAGAGUGUGGGAGACGCUGCCGGUCAGAUACCGGCAGGCGCGCGUUAGGUCCUUGAUGUUUUGUGUUUGCGAGCUUUCUUUUGUACGGUUACCACGCGGGCAAGAAAAGAGCGUUAUUUCGUGACCGCUGCUUUGUCCAUAAGCUAGGUAUGUAUGUCUGCGCCAUAUCUGACGGCGAUCGCGGCGCCACGUAGUGUGAUCAUUGCAAGACAGCGAGUUCUGGACUGUCCUACCGCGUGAUGCAACACGUCACGCGUUGCUGUCGACUUGCGAGAAGGUUUGCGGCGCGCAGCAGUCAAUGAAGAAUGACUCAAAUACCUCGAUUUAAUGGAGGCAGCGUGUAGAAUAGCCUGAUCGACGGAACCAUGACCUCUGUUGUGCUAAAUGCGGCUGGUGGCGCCAUAAGCGUAGUCAGAUAUGGUGACUCUGUCUGCUUUUUUUUCCCAACGUCAGUACGAAACGGACACUGCAUAUCUUGAUAAGGACGUUGCCUGGAAUCUGGUGAAACCAUAUCACUUCCUCGAGAGGGUGUUAUAUGCCUCAUGCAUCUUCGUCUCAACUCUCCAUGCUGGUCCUGGAGCUUUCUCGAGUACUACUGUAAAGAUGGGGAUGUGUCGGGCCAACCUUGUACGAUGUACGGCCAAUGUAGCCCGACAUUGGGCCUACAUCGGUUUUGUUUCCUGGGCUGCUAGUAUCUGUCAUCGCAUGAAGCGCGCAGCUAUCCGUAAAAGUGCAGUGGUGUUUAUUUUCUACUGUUUUUUUUUUCUUCUGCGGAGUUUCUCUUUUUUUUCAUUUCGGUGAACUUCACAGAAAGUGGGCGCCAUUUUUUCUCCACUUGGCGCACGCUACUUCAUUUCCGCUUUGGUACAUGGCAGGGGGGAUUUCUUGCGUUCACGGAAGUUUACAACCUCCAUUUGAAGGGUUUAUUGUAUACACUUGUAACGACGUACGUGAAUAUAAUAUACAUAUGUCUAUUUUGUACAGAGGUGACAAAUAAAAGAUAUAUGCCACUGUUGA